AGUGAUACAACGUUUGGAGCUGACAGCUAGAAAACCUCCAGCAGCAGGACUGUAAAAUGGAUUUAGAAUUCAAAGACCGUAACAACCACACAAAUACCAAGAACACCUCUGCUGCAACAAAGAAUUUUUCUGCCUGGGAAGACUAUAAGAGUAGUGUUGAUGACAUGCAGUACUUUCUCAUUGGGCUGUACACACUUAUAAGUCUGGCUGGCUUUGUGGGAAACCUGCUUAUACUAAUGGCCCUACUAAAGUGCAAGCAGAAGACAGUAAUAAACAUUCUCAUUGGAAACUUGGCCUUUUCUGACAUCUUGGUUGUGCUGUUUUGUUCACCUUUCACGCUGACAUCCGUCCUGCUUGACCAAUGGAUGUUUGGCACUGUCAUGUGCCAUGUAAUGCCCUUCCUCCAGUGCGCCUCAGUCCUAGUUUCAACUUUGAUGUUAAUAUCUAUUGCUGCAGUCAGGUACCGUAUGAUAAAGUAUCCCCUCUCCAGCAAUCUCACAGCAAAACAAGGCUAUUUCUUAAUAGUGAUCAUUUGGGCCUUUGGCUUCACAAUUUGCUCCCCUCUGCCAGUUUUCCAUAAAACCGUGGACCUCCGCAAAACUCUGAAUUUAGAGGGACUGGAGAACAGGCUGCUGUGCAUAGAGUCCUGGCCUUCUGAUUCUUACAGGAUCGCCUUCACAAUAGCCUUGCUAUUCAUGCAGUACAUCCUGCCGCUGGCAUGCCUGACUGCCAGCCACACCAGCGUCUGCAGGAGCAUAGGUGCUAGGCUGUCAAACAAGGAAAACAAGUUUGAAGAAAAGGAGAUGAUAAACCUAACUCUUCAUCCCUCUAAGAGUGCUGGCACACAGGUUCAACCCUCCAGAUAUUCCAGGUGGAGCUGUGCCUUUGGCAGAAGGCACCACAGAAGAUACAGGAGAAAGACUUCAAGUGUGAUGCCAGCUAUUUCAAGGCAUCAUCAGGACACUCAUUCCAGAGAUCUCCCAGAAACCUCUGACACAGAAAAAAGCCAGAUCUUUUCCUCCAGUAAAUUCAUCCCUGGGAUCCCUAUCUGUUUUGAAAUGAAACCAGAAGAAAACACAGAGAUCCAGAACAUGAUUACAGUAUCCCAGUCCAUCAUCAGAAUUAAGACAAGAUCAAGGAGGGUUUUUUGCAGACUGACAGUGCUAAUACUAGUUUUUGGCUUCAGCUGGAUGCCUCUUCACCUUUUCCACAUUGUCACAGAUUUUAAUGCCACUCUUAUUUCCAACAGGCACUUUAAAUUAGUAUAUUGCAUAUGCCAUUUGUUGGGUAUGAUGUCCUGCUGCUUGAAUCCCAUUCUCUAUGGGUUUCUUAACAACAGCAUAAAAGCUGAUUUAAUGUCCCUUAUUCCAUGCUGCCAAAUACCAUGA